AUGGCGCACCUCCUGGGCCACCGCGGCUGCAUGGAGAGCCUGCGGGCCGACCUGCGGGACCUGCAGGCCGCCAUCGCCGACGUGUGCUCCCGGGCCGGCGCCGUGCGCUUCCCCUCCUGGAAAUUCCCCGACAAGGUGUCCUGCGAGCUGGACAUAGCGGUGCUGCUGCAGCGCUACCGGCACAGCGACAGCGAGCCCGAGUUCAGCCAGCACGCACACGUGGUGCUGCUGGAGCUGCUCAUUGACAGGUGA